AUGGCCGACGACGCAUCAAACGGGGGGCCAACAACUACUGCUCCAGAUCUUCGCCUUCUCGUGGUGUCUAACCGUCUGCCGGUGACCAUAUCUAAGAAUGAAAAGGAGUACAACUUCAAAAUGUCUUCUGGCGGUUUAGUGAGUGCGUUGAGCGGUGUAAAGAAGCUAAUGACGUUUACUUGGAUUGGUUGGCCUGGUAUCAAUGUGCCCGAGGAAGAUAGAACCCAAGUGAUUAGCAAACUAGAAGAAAAGUCUUGUCUGCCCGUGUUUAUCGACGACGAUGUCGCCGAUCGUCAUUAUAAUGGCUUUUCAAACUCCAUUUUAUGGCCCCUUUUCCAUUACCACCCUGGUGAAAUCUCUUUCGAUGAGGGCGAUUGGGAAGCUUAUCGAUGUGUUAAUAGUAUGUUCGCCGAGUCUGUCGCUCAAAUAGUACGAGAUGGAGAUUUAGUAUGGGUACAAGAUUAUCAUCUGAUGCUACUUCCGAGUAUGCUUAGAGAGAAAAUAGCCGGCGUUAAGAAUGUGAAGAUUGGCUUCUUCCUACAUACGCCAUUCCCUAGUAGCGAGAUCUAUCGUAUUCUACCUGUCCGUAAGGAAGUCUUGGACGGGGUUUUAUCCUCUGACUUGAUCGGGUUCCAUACGUAUGAUUACGCAAGACAUUUCUUGUCGUCUUGCACUCGGAUAUUAGGAUUAUCCACUAUGCCUAAUGGCAUCGAUUAUGAAGGCAAACACGUGCAUGUUGGAACUUUCCCAAUAGGCAUUGAUCCGGAGAAAUUUGAAGAAGGCCUGAAGAACCCAAGUAUUCAAGAACGGAUUGAAACAUUAGAAGAAAAGUUCAAGGGUAUCAAACUUAUCGUCGGGGUUGAUCGAUUGGAUUACAUCAAAGGGGUUCCGCAGAAAUUCCAUGCUCUAGAAGUAUUCUUAACUAAACAUCCUGAGUGGAUAGGAAAAGUUGUCCUCGUACAGGUCGCUGUUCCCUCUCGUCAAGAUGUGGAGGAAUAUCAAAAUCUGAGAGAGGCUGUGAAUGAACUUGUUGGGAGAAUUAAUGGACAAUUUGGCACGGCAGAGUUUAUGCCUAUCCAUUUUAUGCACAAGUCGAUUAAUUUCGACGAGUUGGUUGCAUUAUACGCUGUUGCCGACGCGUGUCUUGUAUCCUCAACAAGAGACGGAAUGAACCUGGUAUCCUACGAGUAUAUUGCAUGUCAGAAACAAAGAAAUGGCGUGCUAAUACUCAGCGAGUUUGCUGGAGCGGCACAGUCACUGAAUGGAUCUAUUAUAGUCAAUCCGUGGAAUACCGAAGAACUUGCAAAUGCUAUCCACGAAGCAGUUACAAUGUCAGAAUCUCAACGAAAGUCAAAUCACCAGAAACUAUAUCGAUAUGUAACGAGAUAUACGGCCGCAUAUUGGGGCACGAGCUUUGUUAAUGAAUUGAGGCGCGUUAGCGAACCGCAAAUGCAAAGUCCACGCUUAUCUCGAGACCUUGUUCUAAGCGCUGCAAACGCGUCCAAAAAACAUCGCGUCAUUUUUCUCGACUACGACGGUACUUUAACCGACGCUCACAAACUACCCGAAUUCGCCAAACCAAAGGAUACAAUCACGGCGACUCUUCGCGACCUUCAAAACCAACCGAACACACACGUCUAUAUUCUCUCUGGUCGGAGCCGUCAACAUCUCGAUAUAUGGUUCGAAUCAACUGGUGUAGGCCUCUCGGCCGAACACGGCUGUUUCUACAAACACCCAAAGUCGUUGAGAGGUGUCAUAGAUCCAACCGCAAACUCCGCUGCUGAGGGGAAAUCAUUGAAGGAGGAAGGCAAUGGAUGGUAUAGAUUAGUUGAGCAGGUUGACCCGACGUGGAGGGAGACCAUCAGACCGUUGUUUCAACAUUAUAAGGAUAGGACUCCUGGCUCAUUUAUUGAAGAAAAGGAAAUUAAUUUAACGUGGCAUUAUCGCAACGCCGAUCCCGAGUUUGGAUCAUGGCAGGCGACGGAGCUUCAAGUUAAUUUGGAAAAGUCACUGAUCCAUUUGGCACUGUCGAUUGUGCGUGGUAAUAAGACGCUCGAAGUUCGUCCGUCUACAGUCGACAAAGCAACAGCAGUCCGUGCCAUUCUUAAAGACUUACAGCAGGCCCAGAAUCAUGUUGAUUUUAUUUUAUGCAUAGGUGAUGGAAAGACGGAUGAACCUGUAUUUUCCGCGUUGAAAGAAGUAAAUUCUGACUGUAUUACGAGUACUGUCGGUAAAAAGCAGACGGAUGCUAAAUACUAUAUUGACAAUGUGCGAGACGUUGAAAAACUGCUCACUGCUCUAAGCAAAGAGCUACAUUAG